AUGGCUCCCCUCCCCCUCCCCGCCCUCUUUGGCAUCCUGACCGCCGUAGGUCUAGCAGCCAUCUACCCCACCGUCUCCCCCGUCGUCCGCCUCUUCUACCCGAAACCCUUUGGCGACCACCAAAACGAUGCGUGCUCCGUGAUCCCCACCCUGAGGACGUGCGAACAACUCUGGAUCGACCAACCCACAGGCCUUCUGUAUGCAGCGUGUGCGGGCACCCCCGAGGCGAGGAAGACUUGGUUCCCUUGUACGGAUUCGUGGGAUGCGCAGGGCCGCAGCAGUGAGGACUAUCUUGCUGUUGUGGAUACGAGGAAGGGGGGAACGUGGGAAGAGAAGACGACGAGGGUUAGGCUGGAUGGGUUUCAUGGUCUCUUUGGAGAGGGAUCCUUCACAUCGCACGGCUUCGGCGUAUGGCAAGACCCUACAUCAUCAUCUGACACCGAGACAAUUCGCCUCUUCCUCGUCAACCACCGCCCCUCCAUCGACUAUGCGGCUCCAGGCGGUCCGACACUGGUCGACAACCCGGCAGUCAAUGGUUUCAACUCGACGAUCGAGAUCUUCGAGACUACCCUGGGAUCAGACGUGGCGCACCACGUCAGGACUGUUGCUCACCCACUCGUGCGCACGCCAAACGAUGUAGAGCCUGAUGGGCCGGAUAGCUUCUAUGUCACCAAUGACCACCAUGUCAAGACUGGGUGGAGGAAGGAGUUGGACCUGCUCCUGCCCCUCACCGACGUCGUCUACUGCGGUAGUGAGGCCGAAGGAUGCAAAGUUGCACUCAAGAAGGCGCAUUACGCAAACGGCAUCGCCUCUCACGCAAAUCGCAAAGACCCCACCCUCCCCCGCACCUACUACCUCUCCCAAACGGCCUCCUCAGCCCACCUCGUCCUCCAACCACAGACGGACCACACCCUCUCCCUCCUCGACUCGAUCGACAUCCCCUUGGCAUCGGACAACGUCUAUGUCUCACCCGUCUCUCAUGCAGCUUAUUUCGCCUGGUUCCCCAACGCGCUCCAACUGACCAGCAAGCACUUCAAGUCCCCACGAGAGUAUGGUAGCCCCGCACUUGUAGGGAGGGUGGAACUCAAUGAUCCUCGAAAGGAUAGGGAGGCCUUCUUUGGUGAGAAGUAUAGGGUAGCACGUGUAGUCGAGGACGAUUCGACUGAUCCGGAGAGUCCGAGCGGGAUCACUGGGGCGGCCGUUGAUGAGGUCGACAAGGUCGUGUACAUGGGCGGAGUCUUUUCCGAGAAGACGUGGGCGUGCAAGGUCAAGGACGUGCGUGGGGAGAAGGUCAAGUUUUGA